AUGUUUGAUACACCUCCUGGUACUCUUCAUGAUUCGUUAAACAAGCUCUUCAAUCAUCCUAAAGAAUACUUGGCGGACGUAUGCUUUUGUUUUCCUUCAGCUGAAAUAUGGGCUCAUAGAGCCAUUAUUUUAGCACGAGCACCAAAAAGCUUCAUAGAACGGUACUUACCAGAAAUACUGGAUGGAACCCAUUUGCCUUUAAAGUUGGAUAUCAGUCAUGUCGUUCGUCAAACUUCAUUUACCUCUUUACUCCGUUUCUGGUACACUGCUUCUUUUGUAUCACCAGACUUGAAUGAUACAUCAGAAUUGAUACGAAAUGAAUUGGAAGCACUCAGCAUUCAACUAGGCACGCCUCUCUUGCCUUUGCAUUCUGACGCCGUACCCGAUUCUGUGCAAUUAGUCAGUGACUUGAAACGAAUGCUGCAUGAAGAUAUGGCGACCGAUGUAACCAUUCACAUUGUAUCAUCAUCUGACGAAGCCAAAAAACCUGACACAGUCAUGAUUUUAUCUACAAGUCCUGAUAACCACACAUAUCCAGUAGAUAUUCACAUUGCCUCUUUCAAGGCUCACAAGUUCCUCUUGGCUGUCCAAUCGUCUUAUUUUUACUCGCUCUUUUGCACUCAGUUUCAGGAAGCAUUGAGUUCAGUCGUUCAUUUGACAGACGAUCUUUUUAAUGCAGCCAUUGUUGACACACUCCUCCAUUUUUUCUACACAGAUAAAGUCAUGGUAUCCCCACUUCCGUCUGAUCCCUCAAAAUCAGCAUUGCAACGUCGGCUUUUACAAAAGAAGCAUGCUCUGAGAGUCAUCCAAAAGACAUUUUAUGCUGCAGACUAUCUUGGACACAGUGAGACUCUUGGGAAGGCUCUAUUGUAUGAAAUGCAGGAGUUAUGUCAUCAGUUCAAGUGCGUAUGUCACGAAUGCGCAGUCUUGCUUCCCUCCAUGUUGGCUUGGUCCGACAAGCACGCAGAAGGACUGCCGCAGCUGAAGCAAGCGCUGGUUCUUCUUUAUUGCGAUCCUGUGCAUUCGCUUCCUUCACUUUGGCCACAGCGUCCCUUUUCGUUUCUUAUUGCCUCCUUGGUUCCUUCUGCAGCGACAGUAGGCGAAAAUAUGCUACAGGCUAUGCUCAAACAAGACUCGUUUCUUCGUAGUCGCAAACAGAGAACUAUCAUCCAUGACAUCGAAGCACGCACAUUCUCAAAUGUGACAAAACAUAACGCCAUUCACGUUCUACACGCUCUUCACCUUUGCUUUUCCCAUAUUCGCUGCGCUGAUCCUUCUCCUUCUUGGUCCCGACCUGCCUUGGAUUUAAUAUACCCCAUUCUACACUAUACAGUCAGCAUGGUGUCUCAGUUCUUUGAUUUUUACUGCGUUGAAUACCCCAUUCUAUUGUCCUGCGUGGAUGGCAUCGGAGCUGGUUUCUCUGUUGACUUUCUUGAUUUCCUCUUGUCUCAUGUACUGAAAGAAGGCAUUCAAGAAACAAACGCAGGCGUUAUAUAUCAAGGUAUCGUCCGUUACCUGAUCGCACGACAAGAGGUCGUCAAGAAUAUGGCUAUUGACGAUGUGUUGUUGAAAGCCAGAAAACGUUGUGCUGCGUACAUUGCUCAGCGAUGGACCAAGGUCAAGGCCCAAGGCGGCUUCAUGAAGCUCGAAAAGACCACGUUACGUCAGUUGUCUGAGGAUACCAACGUGCCUUACCGCGCUCUCAGUAAACCGUACGAUUCAGAUUUUACUACCAUCUUCAGCUUCAAGCCACGGAAAUUCAAAAAAUCAUCCUAUAUCCGUCGACUCUCCAUGGUUUCCACAGAUCGCGUUCGUCCUCCGACCAGGCCAAGAGCAUUCUCUGCCGAAUGCGCAUUAGGUGAUGCUCAACUCCAUCUCUUAGAAACGGAGACGAGUAACCGGUUAUCGACCACAUCAUCUUUGCUUGAACAACAGCAACAACGACCGAUGCUUCGAACGAGCUCUUCAUUCACAUCAUUGACAGAUCAAUUGCUUCCUCUGGAUCCUCUUCCACCACCUCCUCGAUUAGAAGAGCGCCCGAGCCGAUUAAAGUUUGAAUUGCCCGUGGCACCGGCACGAUCUAGAUCACCUUCCAAGCCUACAUUGACGGCCAAGAUGGCAAAAGGAGGACAUGGAGGGAAAGGAAGAAGGUCAAGAUGGAGUAUAGGCAGCAGCGAUAUAAGUGAUGAUGAUGAAUCAGAUAAUAAUGUACUUGGCAUAGGCGACAAGAUUAAAUUACUCAAUCGUCCCUUACCGACACUGGGUACCAUCAAGUAUAUUGGACCCGUUGAAUUUGCAGAGGGGCCCUAUAUUGGUGUAGAGCUUGAAAGUAGAUUGGGCAAGAGUGAUGGUUCGGUAGAUGGAGUUCGAUACUUUUAUACUGAUCCUCAACGAGCUCUGUUUGUCAGACCCAGUGACCUUGAAAUACUUUAUCAUCAAAAAUAA